UCCCCACUUCUUCAUUCACUGAAGUUAUAAGAAACAAAAGGAAUACAUAGAAAAUAAAGGAGAAGGUAAGAAGAGAAAGGUUGUGAGUUUGUGAGAGAUGGGGAGGGGUAAGAUUGAGAUCAAAAGGAUUGAGAACUCAAGCAACAGGCAAGUUACAUAUUCAAAGAGGAAGAAUGGGAUCCUUAAGAAGGCAAAGGAAAUUAGUGUUCUAUGCGAUGCUCAAGUUUCCCUUAUCAUCUUUGGUGCCUCUGGAAAGAUGCACGAAUACAUCAGCCCCUCCACCACGCUGAUUGACAUCCUAGACAGAUACCAAAGAGCCUCUGGGAAGACCCUCUGGGACGCCAAGCAUGAGAACCUCAGCAAUGAAAUUGAUAGACUCAAAAAAGAGAAUGACAGCAUGCAAAUUGAGCUCAGGCACUUGAAAGGGGAAGACAUUACGUCACUGAAUUACAAGGAACUGAUGGCUCUAGAGGAUGCCCUUGAAAAUGGCCUCAAUGGUGUCCGUGAGAAAAAGGUGGAAGUGCACAGGAUGUUCAAGAGAAAUGUAUGGCAAGAUUUUGGAGGAGCAAAAUAAGGAACUCAAUUUCCUUCUGCAGCAACAUUUGGCAUUAGAAAGCGUGGGAAACAUGCAUGGACAGUGGAUUUGACAGACAAUAUAUCAUAAUUAUAAAGGGAUUUCCUAUAUAUAUAUAAUGUAGAUUAAUGGCUGCUGUUGUCAAAUUAAUUCUGCUCAAAGCCUUGUAUAACUUAUAUAAUUUCCUAUUUCCACCUAUUAUUAUAAUAGUUCAUUGUAGACUCUGAAACUUGUUAUACCAUGAUGAUUGAAUAUUAUAUAUGAAACUAUUAAUUAAUUAUAGUA